CGGGGAUGUGAGCGCGCAGGGACUUGCUCCUCAGUUCGGAGACACAGAAGAUGACUGACGGCUGUUUGUGGAUUACAGACAACUCAAAACUCCUAUAGACGGACCCAACAGUCUUGCAGCCAUGACUUGCAUACACUCCCAGCAUGGAUCUCAGCUCUACGAGAACAGCCUUGGCGUCCCGGAGCUUCAGAGCAAAGACUUUAUCGCCAAGCUGACUGUGAACAUGAGCAGCCACGGGGACCGCCUCUCUGCGCCAUCCCUGCCGAGCAUCAGCUCCCUCGUUGACACUCACGGUGGCGACUUCGAUGCCUAUUCCUGUCAGUUCACUGCGGCCCCUGCCAACGUCACCCCGUCGUCUGGCCAGGAGACCCCCCUGAAGCUGGAUGACCUCCAGGUUUACGGCUGCUACCCCGGAGCCUUCGCGCUGAGUUACCUGGACGAGGCCGUGUCCCCCGGUGGGUCCGAUUAUUUUGGCAGCCCUGCGUCGACUUCGUCUCCUCCAACCCCGCGGUUCCAAGGCCAGCAUGUGUCCAACUGGGAUUCAGCCUUUGGGCCGUAUUCGCCCAGUCCCGGGUACUGGGCGGCAGAGGACACCUCGCUGCCACAGGAGCCCGCUUUCUUCCCUUUUAGUCCCGUGGAGGACAUGUGUAAUUUGGGUCAACCACACUUACAAGAGCAGGACGCUUUCACAUCAACGCACCCUCAGCAUUUGGCACUGACCUUCCCCGCCAUGGGGAUGGAAGAAGCACGCCGUCUCGAUGGCACCGACCAACUUGACGGGACCGUAUCACCCAAAUUGCAAAGUUCCAGUGGGAAUGAGGGCUGCUGUGCUGUGUGUGGGGACAACGCCUCCUGUCAGCACUACGGGGUUCGCACCUGUGAGGGAUGCAAAGGAUUUUUCAAGCGUACGGUACAAAAAAAUUCAAAGUAUGUUUGCCUCGCCAACAAAGACUGUCUUGUAGACAAGAGGAGGCGGAAUCGAUGCCAGUUCUGCCGUUUUCAAAAGUGCCUAGCUGUGGGCAUGGUGAAGGAAGUUGUGAGAACGGACAGCCUCAAAGGACGACGGGGUCGCCUGCCUUCAAAGCCUAAAGUGGUCCAGGAUGUGACAGCGUCUGUGUCUCCAGUGAGCAUGAUUGCUUCCCUUGUGAGGGCCCACAUUGACUCAAACCCGGGCAUUGAGAAACUGGAUUACUCCCAGUUCGGCGAGACCGAAGUCAGUCCCAACCAGAAAGUUGACGCAUGCGACAUCAAACAGUUCUACGACUUGCUCACAUCCUCCAUGGAGACCAUCAAGAAGUGGGCGAAGAGCAUUCCCGGUUACUCUGAGUUCUGCUUAGAAGACCAGGAACUGCUCCUGGAAUCUGCAUUCGUUGAACUCUUCAUCUUGCGUCUUGCUUAUCGGUCAAAUCCCGAAAUGAACACGCUGAUCUUCUGUAAUGGGGUCGUUCUUCACAAGACGCAGUGCGUCCAAGGCUUUGGUGACUGGAUCGACUCCAUCUUGGAGUUUUCUCAAAGUCUCCGUCGCAUGAAGCUGGACGUCUCCUCCUGCUCAUGUCUCGCAGCCCUGGUCAUAAUCACUGACAGACAUGGUCUCAAGGAGCCAAAACGAGUGGAAGACUUGCAGAACCAGCUCAUCGAUUGCCUUAAAGAUCACAUCUCGGGCUGCGGCUCUGACUUGUUGCGGCCAAAUUAUUUGUCUAGACUUCUCGGGAAGCUGCCUGAGCUCAGGACUCUUUGCACUGAAGGCUACCAGCGCAUAUUUUACCUUAAAUUAGAGGAUCUUGUUCCACCACCACAGAUUGUGGACAAAAUCUUUGAGGAUACACUUCCAUUUUGAGUUUGGGAUUGGAGACCUGUGAUAUCUAUAAUCUAGAGUUCAUAUAAGAGCCGAAGAGAACAGUGUGGGGAUCCUGGAGAAGAAGAAUCCUAAAGGAUUAAACCUCUCUAGAAGAGAAGUGCCUUUUCUGUGUUAUAAAGUAAAUGAGUUAUAAAAGUUGCAGAAGCAAUACAUACUUGGGGAAAUUCUCUUUGUAGUUUGUUUUUCUGGGAAAUUGUCUACUCUGCAGACGGGCCAGCUCAUGGACCAAACAAGCAAUUUACAGACAACAAUAUGCCCUAAAAAUGAAGAUGAUUGCACUUCCCAAGCUCUUACAAAUUCAAUACAAAUUAUAACUGCACUAUAAUUGUAUGCAUGUAAUGAGCAAUCAGUUGGCUUUUUUCCUUUUCAUUUUAACAAUAUUUUGCCUUAAUAAUUGCACAUCAAAUAUCCAACAACGCUUUAAUAUGAUAUCUAAGAUGAACUAGUUAUUAUAUUUCAGUUUAGGUUCAAUACUUCACGUGUCCCACAGAGCUCUAGUUUGCUUCAUAUCUAAUGCCACCAUAUGGUUUUGUAAUAAUACAGUAGGUUAAACCUACAGAAACAUUCAAUGGUAUAAUUCAUGUAUCAUGAAUUGUCAUUGUGCAGCUAAUAUACUGUAUAAAACUGUGUCUUUCACACUGGAUUUCUAUGUAGAUUAUUUUGAAUCUGUUUUAAAUUUACUGGUGUUGUUGCCAGAUUAACUGCAUUCUGCAGUUUGGGGCAAAUGGGUUUAUUUUUACA